AUCAAUGAAUCAUUUCCUGAUUUAUAAAUUAUAAGCAUAUCGAAGUGUUUACAAGGCGGAAUUUAUAAAUGUUUUGUGAAUUUUACGUUAUUCAUUAAUCGUCGUUAAUAGACAUUGAGGACUGAGGAUAUACAUCGGGUAGACUAAAAGUUCACAACUUCACAAUAAUUUCUGAUCAGAUGGAUAUCACAGCGACAUAUGAUGACCCACCAGACGAAAAAGCCAACGAAAAUGAGGAGGUUGAGGUAGAGAAGCCGGAGGGGAACUUCGAAAUCACCCGAGGGCAAAUACCAGUGCCAGAUACCGGCGUUUAUGGCGGCUUCAGCUUCCGGAAAUUAUGGGCGUUCACAGGGCCAGGGUUUCUUAUGAGCAUCGCCUACCUGGACCCCGGUAAUAUUGAGUCUGACCUCCAGGCCGGUGCCAUCGCCAAAUAUAAGCUGUUGUGGGUGCUCAUGUGGUCGACGGUGCUGGGCCUGGUGCUACAGCUGCUGUCGGCCCGGCUGGGCUGCACCACCGGUCUGGACCUGGCGGAGGUGUGCCGCCACGAGUACCCGCGUGUCCCGCGUUACGCCCUCUGGAUCAUGAUGGAGAUUGCCAUCAUUGGCAGCGACAUCCAAGAGGUUAUCGGCUCCGGUAUUGCCAUCAACCUUCUAUCCUCCGGCAAGAUACCUAUCUGGGCAGGCGUGCUGAUCACGGGCGCGGACACGUUCACCUUCCUGUUCCUGGAGAACUACGGGCUCCGGAAGCUGGAGGCGUUCUUUGGAGCCCUCAUCACCACCAUGGCCAUAACCUUCAUGUACCUCUAUAUAAAAGUAGCUCCAAGCCAAGUGGGAAUUAUGAAGGGACUAGCAAUACCAUGGUGCGAGGAUUGUAAUAAGGCGGAAGUGGAACAACUGGUGGGCAUUGUGGGAGCCGUAAUUAUGCCGCACAACAUCUAUCUGCACAGCGCCCUCGUUCAGUCCCGCGAAAUUGACAGACGUAGCAAAGGUGCCAUUAAGGAGGCGAAUAUGUACUAUGCUAUCGAAUCUGCGAUCGCGCUACUGGUGUCGUUCGUGAUCAACCUGUUCGUGAUGUCGGUGUUCGCCUCCGCCUUCUCCGACCGACCGGACGCUAAUGACGCUAGUCUCCGUAAAGCGGGUCUGUGGCUGAAUGAUAAGUACGGUGAGGUGACCAAGAUUAUCUGGGGAGUAGGAAUCCUGGCCGCUGGACAGAGUUCCACAAUGACGGGGACAUAUGCUGGUCAGUUCGUCAUGCAGGGUUUCUUAAACAUAAAAUGGGCCAAGUGGAAACGUGUGUUGCUCACGCGCUCCAUCGCCAUGGUUCCCACGAUUAUAGUAGCACUGAUCGCGACAAAGGAUCUGGAUGCCAUGAACAACUGGCUUAAUGUGCUACAGAGCGUCCAGCUGCCGUUCGCCCUUCUACCCGUCCUCCAUUUCACCUCAAGCUCCAGGAUUAUGGGGGACUUCAAGAAUGGAAUGAUUGUGACUAUAAUAGUGUGGUGUCUGGCUCUUCUUGUCAUGGUUAUCAACUUUUACCUUGUCAUCUUAUUUGUGGGUACGGGUGACGACUGGUGGGUGUACCUUAUUACAGCGCUCGUCCUCGCUGCCUACUGCUGCUUUGUUGCGUUCAUUGCUAUAGGUCAGGACAAUAUUUUGAAAAUAAAGGCGUUUAUUGCUGGAAGGUGUGGUCGUGACGUUAGCAGUAUCGAAAUGGAAAUCGAACGGAGGCAGGAGGUAUCGUACAGUGCGGGAUUGACGUCACUUAAUGAGCAAACAGACUUGCGUUACAGACAAAUGGUUAACGAGUCUUGACCUCACUAUAAAUUAUAAGUGGGAGAUUAUUAAGAUGUUGUCUUGGCGUCUGUGAUACUGUGGAGGGAAUUUGACUGUUGUAUGUUGGUGUGUUGCAUUUUUUUUAUAAAUGCGUUACGUUUUAGUUGACCAGGUCCCAAUUUCUUGAAACUUCUUAAGUUCUUUAAAUCAGGAUUAAGCUAAGCUUGCUAUUAUUGUUUUUCAUUAAUUUGCGCAAUAUUUACUUCUAUAAUAGUUUUUAUGCUUAGAUAGAAAUUAUCUUUAUGAUAAUCGCAAUAAACACUUUUUCAUUUAUCAAAGUUCAAUUUAAGUAUUUUUAUUGAAAUAAGCUACUUAAGUAUGUUAAGCUUAACAAGAUUCGAGAAAGUGGGGCCUGAUUGUCGACAUUGUUAAUAUCCAUAUUGUGCAAUAAAUAGCCAUCUACGCUUAA